AUGAGUGUUUCGAAUGGUGGUGAGGUGAAGGGUUGUCGUGUUGGCGAUGUUGGAGUUUGUGAACCAAGGUGUGUUGGAGGAGGUGGUUCUGGCGAGAGUGAGACUAUUGACUUGUCGGUGUCGAGUGAUGAGGAGAGUGUGGAGGAGAUGGAUGUGAAUGGAGUUGGUGAUGGGGGAGUGGGGACUGGCGAUGCAAGUGACCGGGGUUAUAGGUGA